AUGACUCAACGAAAUUGUGACGACAACGAAAACAAUCCGAAUGAUUCUGAAAGCAAAUUUAUUGUUGGAAUUUGUAAAAUUUUUGGUUUUGAAGAAGAUGAUAAUCAAUCAAUUCUCAUUGGAAAACGUUUACUUACAAAUGGACGCCAAUGUUUAAAUGAAUAUCGUAGUCAUAUAGCACGAAAAGACUUUGAGAUCCAAAUGAAGAAUGAUGAAACUUCCGAACUUCUCAAGCUUUUAGAACAAUAUUAUCAUCAACAAUGGCAAAAGAUUCCAUUUGAAUGGUUCAACGAUUUUAUAAGUUCACAUCAAUCAAAUGAUGAUAUUGAACAAUAUCAACGUAUUUUAUCACGUUUAGCUAAUUAUGGAGUCCAAUUUUUGAAAACAUGUCCAGUGUUUUCAAUAGUUUUACAAAUUGUUUUUGAAUUUGAUGAUGAACUUACUUCUGAAGUUAAUUUAUUCAAUGAUAUUUGGAAUUUAUUUAUUAUACAUGGAUAUAAUAAAGCAUUAAAUCAAUCAGAUAAAUAUCUUGUACCAACAAUUAAAAAACAAUACAUGAAUGCUUACGAUAGCGUUUUAUUUCUUGCAUUACGUGAAUGUUUUCGUCAACCAUUAGUAACAUUAUUUGAAGAUUGUAAAAUAAAUCAAACACGUCGAAAUCUUCUUGAAAUAACACUUAAUUCUUUAGCUAAAUAUGGAUGGGAUGGCGGUCUUGAAGAUAACAAUGUUAUUGAAUUAAUUUCAGAAGUUCAAUAUAAAAAGUUAUUAUCUAAACGUAAUGAAUAUCUAAAUACGGAAAAACAGUUAUCAUCGUCGAAUUUCAAUGAUUCUUCACUUCAAAAUUCCAAUCAAUCUACAGAUAACAUUGAUUACAAUCUUAGACGAUUUUCAUCACAAUUAACUUUAAAUAAUUCAUCAGUGUCGCAAAACACUUCGACAAAUGAACAAAUAGAUACAUAUUCAUCACCAUCGAUUAAACCGGAAGAUUCAUUGAUCAAAAUAUAUAUUCCAAAUUUACCAAUAAUCGAUUCAGAUAUCAAUCUAGAAGAAACUAUAUCUACACGAUUAGAUGAUUUAUAUAAAAUUAAAGUAUCAAGAAUUGAAUGUUUCACAGAUAUUGGUGUUGGUAUUAUUUAUAUACAUGAAAAGGAUAAAUCUUAUUUAGUUGAUAAACUUCAAUCAAUUGUAAUACAUCCAGAAUAUAAAUUGGAAAUAAAUUUUGCUGAAGAUUUAGAGAUUAUAUGUUAUUUAAUAUUCGAUAAACCAAUGCAAUUAACAAAUAAAACUAUUGUUCAACGGUGGAUGAAUGUCUUUGGAUCAGAAAGUUCGCCUAAAUGUGAAAUUUUAUCAAUACAAUUUUCAAAUAUUAUUAAAAUAACAAUGUUUUCCAUUCAAGAAGUUCAAUCAGCAUUAGAACAUCGAAUUAUUUCUAUUAAUGAUGAAAUUGGUCGGAUAGUUCUUCAAGCUGAUUGUUGUUAUUUAGAAGAUAUUCCUCGUUCAAAUCCCAAAAUAACAUCUGAACAAUUAUUUUGUUAUAUUAUAACACAACUUAAAAUGAAUGAUCGUUUACGAACUGAUCGGAAUUAUUGUCAAGAAAAAGCUGAUGAACUCUAUCGACAAUAUUCAUCAUUAUCAUCUGAAAUAAAAACAUUUAAAUCACUCUUUUAUAUUCAAUAUAAUGAAGAAACAUCAAAUGCUGUUAUUAUUACAUCAGUAACAAUAUAUCAAUGGUUAUUAAUGAAAUUUGUUAAUAUUCAAAAUGAAUCAGUAUUUAAAACAACAAAUAUUUCUUGUAAAUUAAUUGUUAAACCAAUACCAAAUGAUCUUUCAUCAUCAACGAUUCUUAAUCAUAAAAUAUUUCAAAAUUCAAUUAAACAGAAUGAUUAUAAACGUGUUCAUGAAAAUCUUGUUAUUGAAAUAACUGAUCCUCAUGUUUAUGAUAAAUGUUUAAAUAUUCGUUUUAUUGAGAUAACUCAUAAUGAAAAUCAAUUAAGAUUACAAAUUCUUCCAUAUACAUAUAAUGCAGUCAUUAAUCCUGAAGAUAUUGAUAUUAAUGAAGAGAAUUGGUAUAGUACUCGAAUGUUUGAUUAUAAACCUGAUAUAACACAAUUUGAUCCAUGUCAUCCAAUAUUUCGUUAUAAAUGGAAUUCAAAAAUUUGGUUAGAACAAUUUAAACAAAUUCCUAGUGAUACAAAUGAACGGCGUAAAACAGAUAUAAUUCGUCGGAUGCUUCGUAUUACAGUUAUGUUAAAAACUAUGGGAGCUAUACGAGCAAAAAAAUAUGAACUCGAAGAUAAAACAAAGAAAACGGGAAUUGAAAUUGAAUCACUAAAACCACUUAUUACAAUUGUUUAUAAUCAUCAAUCGAAAUUAAUUAAAUCAUCAGAAACAAAUAGUCGAUUACCAUUAUUUGAAUCAACUAAUAUUCGAGUAAUAAAUGAAGAUUGUCUUAUUUCAUACGAAAAACAAGUAGUCAAUGGUUAUAAGCCACUUCUUCUGAAUAUGGCUAAUGCUUCGACACCCGGUGGAGGUUAUCGAAAAGGUGAUGGUGCUCAAGAAGAAAAUCUCUUUCGUCGUUCAAAUUAUUAUCUUAGUCUUGAUCCAACUCUUUCUUAUCAAGAAAAUCAAUUAAAUAGUUGUCAAUGGUUUCAUUGUUCAGAAACAACCAAAUUAAAACCAUUAAGUAUUAAACAACAAUCUUUAUAUCCAAUAGAUGAAUAUGGUGGUAUUUAUACAUCAGGUAUUACUGUUCUACGAGGAACAGAAGAUACUGGUUAUCCAUUUCUGUCGAAACCCCUUUAUAAUGUUUGUUCAUUAGCAAUUGCUGCCUUUCGAAAACCACCUGUUCAUGAUAAUAAUCGUCUCUCGUUAAAAUAUGCUAUUGAUACGCGAAAGAAAAUUGAAAACUUUUUUGCCAUUGCACAUCAACAUGGUCACGAUUGUCUGAUACUUUCUGCUUUUGGAUGUGGUGCAUUUCAAAAUCCACCUGAACAUAUUGCUUUGAUAUUCAAAUCAGUUAUUAUUCAAUAUGCUGGGUUUUUUCGAAGUAUUAUUUUCUCAAUUAUUGAUGAUCAUAAUACUGGCAAUCAAAUGAAUCCAAAUGGAAAUUUUCUUCCAUUCCAAAAAGUAUUAGAUGGUCUUUCUGUUCGUCCUGUAAUAAAUAUAAGUGUUGGAAUGGCCAUAGGACCUUAUUAUAUAAUAGAAUCACAAAAUAAAGGUAAAUUAGUACGUUUUGAUAAUGUAAGUAUAUUAGAAUUACCAUUAUGUGAAUAUGGUUCAAAUUGUCGAAAUUUAUAUGAUACUAAACAUCGUCGUUCAUAUAGUCAUCCAUCAUUAUGUCCAAUAGAAUCGGAAUGUCCCGACAUAGAUAAUGACGUUCAUUUUCAAUCAUUUACUCAUCGUCGAACAUGUGAUGAAGGUGGUUAUUGCCAAUCUGUUGAUAAUCAACAACAUAUGAUUGAUUAUAUUCAUCCAAAUUUCUGUGUUGAAAGUGGAUUAUGUACUAAUAUGAACACAUUUCAUUUAAAAAAAUUUCGACAUGUGUCAUUAUGUCGAGAUGGAAUAGAUUGUCAAUUAAAUUUAAAAAUGAUCAAAGAACAUCAGUUGAAAUAUCGCCAUUGUCAAAAUUCAUGUCGAUUUAGUGGUAAUUGCAUUCGUUUUCAUGAUCAAGAUCAUAUUAAACAUGAAUCACAUCCGUUUAAGACUCCUUGUUCUCAAACCCCAUUUUCUUGUGAAUUAUUUGUUGAAUAUUUACAAUCAAAUAAUUUACGUCAAGAUCUUGAAAAUCAUUGUCUUCAUUAUUCUCAUGUAUGUCCAUGGGGUCGUCAAUGUAUUGAUACAUCACCAAAACAUUUAUCAACAACAAUACAUAUUGCACGAGAAAUGUGUCCUUAUGGCGACACAAAUUGUCACUUAUUAACAAAUGAAGAUCAUCUGGAAUCAUUCACACAUACUGGUGUGCGAGAUAUUCGACUUGAAUGUCGUUAUUCAGCUGCUGAUUGUCGAGAUUUGAAGAAUUCAUUGCAUACGAUUAGAUUUCGUCACAAUUAUCGACAAGAUUUUCUUGGUGUUGCACAAUAUUCUGGCUUAAAUGACACAACAGAUUUUAUAUUCAAUCAAGACUAUAUGAUUAAAAAUUUACAAAAAUACUUUGAAAAAAAACACAAAAUCAGAUGGUCAGAUAUCUCAAUUUCAGAUGAUUUAUUUAAUUGGAUUCGAGCUCUUUUGCCUGUUCAUCGAUGUUCGAAAUCUAUUUUCGAAUCUAUUCUCGUUCAUGGUCAUGUCAUGAGUCGAGCACAUAUGGAUAAAUUACAGGAAGAAAAAUUUGUUGCACAUACCGCUAAUCAACAUAACAAUGUACGUAAAAUUGUUUCAAAACAUGUACCUGCUGUACAGGAUAAUGUUCGUGAAUUUAUUGAUGCACUUGUUGAAAUGGAAUUUCAUAAAAAAAAUACUGAAAUUAAUAAGGUAUCAACUAAAGGUAAAUCACAAAUACAAUAUCAAAUUGAUUUAAAAGAACAAAUAAUACAAGUCGCACUUAUUCCUAAAGAAAUUGAUGAAAUUCGUAAUUGUGUAAUAGAAGUAGUUAAAGCAUCAUUUAUACUUCAAUCAAACAAAACAGGCAUCGGAUUUGAACGUGAUGUUGAAUUAAAAACAAAUCAUCAUGUAUUUGCUAUUCUUGGUCCUCACACAGGUCAUUAUUAUGGUGAUAUUGUUAUUGUAUUUAAACGUGAGAUUAUGUUACACCCAGAUUCAAAUUUUACUAUGCAAGCGGCUACAACAUAUACAUCGCCAACACCUGAUAAAUCACCAAAAGUUUAUAAAUUUCGCCCAUGGCUUCAAGAUCUUAGCACAGACGAUGAGCGAUUAAAGGUGUAUCAUCAAACAAAACUUCAUUGUUCCGUGCGAGGUUAUGAAACUAUUACUGCAUUAGAACUUAUGGCUAUUACCGGAGGAGAAAAAAGACCAAUGAAAGCGGAUCUAAAAAAUAUAAUUCAGCGAUGGGAAACCGUCGAUUCACAUCAAAUUAUUGAAACUCAUUUACCACAAUUGAUUCCUCUUAGUUAUGUUGAUCAUAUAUAUAUGCCGAAAAACGUAUUUAACUCAUUGUCUCUUGUUUCACAACAAAAUGCACAGGAAAUAUUUGGAAAGAAAUUAACUGUAACUAAACAUGUUGUUAAUCUUAAUGUUGAAUUAAUGGCUUUUGCUGCACCCGAUCCAUCACGUCAAGAAUAUUACAAGUACGUUAUUGAACAACUUCAGCGAUUAAUAAAUGAACAAAAAGAAACAAUAUAUACUGAAGAACCUUUAAAAUAUUAUGGUAUAACAUUUACUAUGCCACCAUCCCGUUUUCACACGUAUGUUUCUAGUCCAACAACAAUUUCGCAAUCGAAAUAUUUAUUAUCAAAAAGUCAAUCAAAUUCUGAUGAUUGUGUUUAUAUCUAUUGGAAAGUUAUUGGUGGGGAUUUUAUGUUAAUAUUAACUAAUGAAAGGAUACAAGCUGAUAAAGUACAAAAAAAUCUUGUUUAUCUUACCUGUUACAUUGCUUCAUUAGCUACUAGUACUGGUACAGAAAUUGGGUAUGAUGAACGUUAUACAUAUAUUAGUAAUUCACCACCUACAAGUCACGAUAUUGUUCUGCAGAGAAAACAAUUUAAAACUGGUUCAAAUACAUUUCAUAAAGGUUGUAAUCCAAAUUAUUAUAUUCUUUAUUCAUUAAAAAUCAAUCGCAAAACUGGUGAAGUCUCAUUAACACAUGCUGGUGUUAAUGGAAUUUAUAAUCAUAUAGCUUUAAAUUAUACAUUUAAAAAAGACGAACUUGAUGUAUCAAUACUGAAUUACGUUCAUAUCAGUUCUGGUAAUCAAAAUAUAUCUGUUCGAAAUCUUCUUAUCAGUCAUGAACAAAUUCCUGAAGCACAUCCUAAAUUCGACAAAAAAUUUGUCAAUGAUAUUAACAAUGUAAAAAUGGGUGAUGUAUCAAAAGAACAUUCGGAAUUUUCAUUAUUGCAUGAUUCAUCGAUAGUAAAUAAAGAAGAAAAAAAUAAUACAAAGACUAUUUCACGAACAGGACCAUUGAAUAAGUUAGGACAAUUUGUUCGAAAUAUGAAUCCUUUUGGUUCAUCACAUAUAUCUACAGCGGAUAAAUCUGAUCCUCAAUAUAUUCGACAAUUAUGUAGAUAUUCGAUUAAUUGUCUCGAUCAAUAUUCGAAGGAGACAUCAUUACAACAUAAUCAAAAAUAUUUUCAUAUUUGCCGUUAUGCGGAACUAUGUAAAAAAAUAGAUGAUAAGUCUCAUUCUGAACAAUUUUUACAUAUUAAAACUGGAGCACCAAGAUGCAUUCAUGAUGGUAAUUGUAAAAAGAUCACUGAUCCCGUUCAUCGAUAUGCUUAUAGACAUGCUGAUUAUCCUUAUUUAUUGUAUCCAUGUGAGAGAGGGACGGCAUGUAGGGAUAAAAAGCCUGAUCAUAGAAUUAAAUAUUCACAUGGUGAACAUAUUGAUAUACCGAUUAGUGAUAGAAAUUCAUCAGAAAAAAUAUCAUCAUAUGACAAUCAUAAAUCUCAUACUUUGCAACAAACUAGAAAAACUUCAACAGAAGACAAAUUAUCAUCAUCACCUAGAAUAUUAACUACCACAAAUGUACGCAGUUCUGAUCACACGAAUAAACGAACAACAAAUGUUAACGGGUCUUACGAUUGGAUAGCUGAUUCAGCUGAUGAAUCUGAUGAUGAAGAGUCAAUGUUAGAUUUCUAUAAUGCAGAUGCUGGUAAAAGUACGAUUAAUAAUGCAGCACAAUAUGAUCAAUACGGUAAUCCGAAAGGAGCAAAUUAUGAUUUAGGUAAAGAUGGAGCUUUCAAAGAUUUUAGUAUUUUAAUUGCCCAAUUCUACAAAGAUUCUCAAUUUAAUGAAGCAGCGAUUAGAGUACCAAUCGAUGCGUUAAAAAUUAAAGGUUUUCAAGUGAAACAUGUUCAAUCUGAAAAUGAAUGUAUCACUGAAUUACAACUUAAUCGUCAUCAAAUAGCAUGGAUCAUUAGUACGAGUUCUAUACAAAAUAGUGCAUUUACAUCAGCUCUAAUGAAAUAUCAUUCAGCUGGUGGUGCUAUUUUCUUAUUUGCUGACAACAUUCCUUUCAUAUGUCAUGCAUCCGAAUUUUUAAAAGCAAAAUUUGGUAUCACACUCGAUGGAAAUUAUGAUGGUUCGAAAACACUUACAUUUAUGGAAAAUGGACAUGAUAAAGCGGGUCAUUAUGGUGGACAUUUGAUUUUUACUGGUAUUCAACAACUAUUUGAAGGUAUUACGAUUUGUCAUCCAGUUUAUCCAACAGCAGAAAGUCGAAAACAAUUUAUUAACGUCGCCACAGCUACUGAUGGUCAGCCGACCAUUGGUCUUUAUGAUCCAUCUUCAGGUUCAGUUGAAGGUCGUUUAGCAUUGGAUUGCGGAUUUACUAAAUUGUAUUGUAAUUGGGAUUCAGCAGGUACUGCUCGAUAUAUUGUUAAUGUCAGCACAUGGCUUUUAGCCAUUGAAAAACGUAUCAAAGGAAAAAAGAAAAAAUCGAGAAUGUAA